CAAUCCCAUCACCAUGACUAUAAUGCCUAGUAGAAUCCCUUUAAUACAAACAUUUCUGUAUAAGACUCUGAAAACAGAUGAUUUUACUUUGUUUUGUCGCAUAUAUAUAAUCAAAAAUAGCGUUGAUAUAGUGUAAUAUACCGUGUGGUGAGAGGGGAAUCCGUUGAAUGAAUCGGCGAAACAUAUAAUUUCAUUCACUAUAUUGCGGGGAAACUCGUUCGGUUGAAUUCAGUCGCUGUUGUGUACCAUACAUCGCGCACACUCAGCUGUUGUUUGUUACGUUUGCUCGAGCUUCGAGAAUCGUGUGUGUGAGGGCAAACAAAAUUUGUAAUUUCUUUAGUUGGACGUUGUUAGAUGAGCGCGAUUCGAACGGCUGUGAGUGUAAUACAUGAAUAAAAAUCGUUUAGUGUUUUUUGUGUGUCAAAUCAAAAAAAAAAGAGAACUGACAAAUCAAACAAAAAGAACAUUUUGAUUGUCGAAAGAGUUGUGUUUAUUUCAUUGAAAAUCAUCGCCAAAUAUUAAAUCACUUCAAUCAACAUUUUUGUCGUGUUCGAACGAUCGAAAAAAAAGGUUUUCGCCUGAUUUGAAGAAAUGACAAAAUAGAAUUUUGAAACACCACCGCAAAGAUACAACUAGAAUCCAAAAACACAAAAUAUGAUCUGCAGAACCAACGUAUCCUAAAAUGUGAAAUUGAUAAUUUGCAUGUGUUAAGUGAAAAGUGACUAUAUUGAAUGUGUUUCCAAGUGAAUCAAGCCAACUAGAAAUAUUUCGAAUUAAAAGGAAGUGUAACGCCAGCAUCAACACUAAAAUGGGUGAUGAAAAGUUAAAAUUGUCGUUGGUCGGUAAAGACGAACAAACGUCUUCAUCGGUAGCUAUUAUUCCCAUGGGAGGUGUAAGCUAUCAGUCAAAUAAUCCGCUGAUUACCAGAUCACCACCAGCUAUUGUUGAAAACUUAAAAAAUGGAAUUAAUGGAUCGCAAAAUAACUUAUGCAACGGAAUGGCACCGGGCGCCGGACAUAAUCUCGUACGGAAAGUACAUAAUCAUAGUCCGAAUGCACAGAAAAAGAAUUUGGUCACAUUAACACAUUUACCCAAACGGCCACCCGUUGAUAUCACAUUUAGCGAUAUAUCAUAUUCCGUAUCCGAAGGCCGUAGACGGGGAUUUAAGACGAUACUGAAGGGAGUUAAUGGCAAAUUUAGAUCUGGUGAAUUAACGGCUAUAAUGGGACCUUCGGGUGCUGGAAAGAGUACAUUAAUGAAUAUUUUGGCUGGAUACAAAACAUCCCACCUCAGCGGCACAGUCAGCAUAAAUGGCAAAGAGCGAAAUUUGCGGCGGUUUCGCAAACUUUCGUGCUACAUAAUGCAAGACGACAGACUGAUGCCCUAUUUAACGGUCAAAGAAGCAAUGAUGGUAUCCGCCAAUUUAAAACUUGGCAAAGACAUGAAAAUGUCGGCGAAAAAAGUGGUGGUCGAAGAAAUCUUAGAAGCGCUCGGUCUGUCGGAAUCGAUCGACACGAGAACAAUAAAUUUAUCCGGUGGCCAACGUAAGCGGCUAUCGAUCGCAUUAGAAUUAGUGAACAAUCCACCGGUUAUGUUUUUCGAUGAACCGACAUCGGGAUUAGAUAGUUCAUCAUGCUUUCAAUUGAUAUCGUUGUUAAAAUCGUUGGCACGUGGCGGACGCACAAUCGUUUGUACAAUUCAUCAGCCGUCGGCUAGACUCUUUGAAAUGUUUGACCAUUUGUAUAUGCUGGCCGAAGGACAGUGCAUGUAUCAAGGUCGAGUGGAGGGAUUGGUACCGUUCUUAGGAUCACUUGGCUAUGAGUGUCCAUCCUAUCACAAUCCGGCGGAUUAUGUAAUGGAAGUUGCUAGCGGUGAUUAUGGGGAAGCUGUUCAUAAACUCGUUAUGGCCGUCAGUUCGGGCAAAUGCACCAAUUACAAUAACAUCAUCGCCGACGAUUCGAAAACGCUGACUGUGGCGGGUGUGGUUACGAACAACGGUGCGACAACCAUUUCAAACGACAUUAGCAAAUCGAAUAGCAGUCCAUCGAAAUUAGCAACAACCACCACAGUCGCAAUGACUGCAACCGCUCAAAUCAGCAGCAAUGGAAAGGAUCAAGAAUUUCUUAAGCUAACCAAAGGCGACACCGUCAUCAACAUACCGUCGAACGACGACGCAUUGUCGAAGGCAAAGAGUCCCGGUUGCACCACGUCACUACUCGAUUCGAAUGAAAGUGUUGCCGUUACGAUACCGCGCAAAAGCGGUUUUCCGACGUCCGGUCUUGCUCAGUUCUGGAUUUUGCUCAAGCGGGCUUUUCUGACGAUUAUCAGAGACAAACAACUAACACAAAUGAGACUGUUUUCGCAUGUUAUUGUCGGUGCUAUAAUUGGAAUGAUUUAUUAUGAUGUUGGAAAUGAGGCGUCGAAGGUGAUGAGUAACGCCGGGUGCAUUUUUUUCACAACACUUUUUACAAUGUUUACCGCUAUGAUGCCAACUAUUUUGACUUUUCCCAUGGAAAUGGCCGUCUUUAUACGAGAACAUUUAAACUAUUGGUACUCACUAAAAGCUUUUUACUUUGCCAAAACGUUAGCAGAUCUGCCAUUUCAGAUAUUAUUUUCAAGUGUCUAUGUGAUCGUUGUCUACUACUUAACUUCCCAACCAUUUGAACCGCAGCGUAUAGCCAUGUUUGUGUUCAUUUGCAUAUUAACAUCACUCGUUGCUCAAAGUUUAGGCUUACUUAUUGGUGCUGGAUUAAGCGUUGAGGCUGGCGUAUUUUUAGGCCCAGUAUCAACGAUACCAACGAUUUUGUUUUCCGGUUUCUUUGUCAAUUUCGACACGAUACCCGGAUACUUACAAUGGGUUACGUACGUGUCGUAUGUUCGAUAUGCAUUCGAAGGUGCUAUGCUGUCUGUGUACGGAAUGGACAGAGAAAAUGAAAUGCUCCGAAAUGUAUUGCCAUUUCCGAAGUCCGAAGAAAUUUCUGGAGGAAAUGUCCAUGGAUCAAUCGGAAUAUUGGCUGGAUGCUGUUGCAUUGAUUGGUAUAUUUAUUGGACUGAGAUUUAUAGCAUAUUUUGUAUUGCGUUGGAAAGUACAUUCCAUCCGUUAAGUGAUCGUAAGAAUUGAGUGUCAGUAAGAUCAGUGAACCAAAAACGAAAAUGACUUUUUUGUUGUUUGUUGAUCAAAUUCGAAUGUAGGAGAAAAUCAGAAUUUUUCUCACCGUAAUUUCAACAAUUUUUACAUUUUAGUCAAACACUAGAAAUAUUUUCUUUGGAUUAACAUUUUUAGAUUGUAACAUUGAAAGCUUUAAGAAUAAUAUGAAAGAGCCCUGCAACAACAAAACAAUUUU